CUAUUUGUUUAUUAGGGAUAUAUUAUUUUUUAUUAGAAAACAAGACAGCGUGAGGUGGAGAACAUGCAUGCAAGAUCAAAUUGAAGUCAUAUAUAUUUACGUAACAAGUUUACUUGAACCCCAUGCAAGUCCCAUGCACUCAAACCCUUCUAUAUAAACCCCUCCAAGUUCAUCAUCCAGUCAUAAUCAAAUUAGCUAUUACACAAACUACAAAGUCUCUCAACCAUGGCAAUUCCAAAAGCUCACUACUCUCUAGCCAUCCUUGUCAUUCUCUUUGUCGUUUCAAAUAGCCAAAAUGCCUGCAAUCCAGAAUGCAAGGCUAAAGAACCCUUCAACUGCGAUAAUUCUCUUACCUUCAACCGAACUGGAUUUCCAAAGAACUUUACUUUCGGUGCGGCUACUUCCGCGUACCAGAUUGAGGGUGCUGCACAUAGAGCCCUUAAUGGAUGGGACUACUACACUCAUAGAUAUCCAGAAAGGGUUCCAGAUCGCAGCUCCGGAGACGUUGCUUGUGAUUCGUAUGAUCUUUACAAGGAGGAUGUCAAAUUACUGAAAAGAUUGAAAGUUCAAGCAUACCGACUCUCCAUAGCCUGGUCAAGGGUCUUACCAAAGGGAAGACUGACUGGAGGAGUGGACGAGAACGGGAUAACAUACUACAACAAUCUCAUUAACGAGUUAAAAGCUAAUGGCAUAGAGCCAUUUGUGACUAUAUUUCAUUGGGAUGUUCCCCAAACUCUAGAAGACGAGUACGGAGGCUUCUUAAGCCCACGUAUAGUAGAGGACUUCAAGAACUAUGCGGAGCUUCUAUUCCAAAGAUUCGGAAACAGAGUCAAGUUUUGGAUCACUCUAAACCAGCCUUACUCUCUCUCAUCCAAAGGUUAUGGAGAUGGAUCGUAUCCACCGGGAAGGUGCACUGGCUGUGAAUUUGGAGGUGAUUCUGGAACCGAACCUUAUAUAGUCACGCAUCACCAACUUCUAGCCCAUGCAGAAGCUGUAUCUCUAUACCGAAAAAGAUAUCAGAAAUUUCAAGGUGGUAAGAUAGGAACGACCUUGAUCGGGAGAUGGUUUGCCCCGCUAAACGAAACUAGCGAUCUAGACCAGGCUGCUGCAAAACGAGCAUUCCAAUUCUUCGUUGGAUGGUUCUUGGAUCCAUUGGUGUACGGAGAAUAUCCAAGGAUAAUGAGAGAACUCGUUGGAGACAGAUUGCCAAAAUUCACACCUCAAGAAUCAGAUUUAGUUAAAGGAUCACUUGAUUUUCUAGGGCUGAACUAUUAUGUUACACAAUAUGCAAGCGACGCACCUCCUCCUCCUCAGACACAGCCUAGCGUCUUAACCGAUCCACGAGUUACUCUUGGAUAUUAUCGCAAUGGAGUACCUAUCGGUGUUGAGUCUCCAAGCUUUGUCUACUAUCCUCCAGGGUUCCGUCAGAUUCUAAAUCAUAUCAAAGACAACUACCAAAACCCACUUACCUACAUCACCGAAAACGGAGUUGCUGAUUAUGGAAACUUAACGGUAGCAAAUGCUCUUGCCGAUAACGGACGAAUUCAAAAUCAUUGCAGCCAUCUUUCAUGUCUCAAAUGCUCCAUCGAGGAUGGUUGCAACGUAGCAGGUUAUUUUGCUUGGUCAUUGAUGGACAAUUAUGAAUUUGGAAAUGGUUACAACUUCCGGUUUGGUAUGAAUUGGGUCAAUUUCACUAAUCCUGCUGAUCGAAGACAAAAAGAUUCUGGGAAAUGGUAUUCUAGGUUCGUCGCAAAAUAAGGGGAAUUGAUAGACAAAAAUCAACCCCAUAUGUAUUCAACCUUUAAUCCAUUAAGUGCUGGACAAUAUAAAUUAUUUUCUUCAACUUAUAAAAGCUUAUGUGCUGUGUGUUGUUAAUAAUGUUGUAAUAAUUGGACCUUAACUCUUAGUCAAAUCAUAAAUAAAUAAAAACAUUUAUAUGGCGUGCUUUGUAUUUAUACCUUGUACUUUGUUUUAUUUACCUUUCCCAAGCAUAACAUCUCACAUGCUCUCUUUUUGUUUUGGUAAAAACUACGAGAUGCACUUAUUUGAUCAUUACCACAUUUUUUAACAAAAUAGUGAAACCAAGGAUAUAAUGUCUAACUUAAGUGCCAAAUCAUAUUAUUUUGUGUUAUUUUACUCCUCUCAUUUAUUUCCAAUUUUUAGAAAAUAUUAUUUUACCCAACCACGGAAACGCCACACAUAGCUUCUCCAUUAUUUCCAGACAUGAAAUAUGGAGGUGAAAACAGUGUACCAAAAGUUUGUCAUGCUAGUAAUAUUAAUUGAUUGUAUAAGCUGCAUCAGUCCCGAAAUACUAACGGCUUGUAAUUUUUUUCAUGCUUCUUAUUGUAAUUGGGAGUCCUAAAUAUCUGAGCGGGAGUUUGUCAAUAAGAAUUUCAAGUGAGGUUGCUAUUUCUGGCAUGAAGAUCAUUAUGUGUCUUCCCAACCAUGUGUAUAAAAUCUUUGUUCAUGCUUAUGGCUAAACCCCAAGCAGUUAUGAAAAAACAUUUUCAAAGAGAAGAAGACAUCCUUCUAUGAAGCAGUCUAAUUGUUACAACUUUCAUUUAUAUAUAUGUGUGUGUAUAUAUAAAUGUUUUUUUAUAGAUUUCAGCCGACCAAAUUAAAGUACUUUCAUUUCACCUAUUCAAACUAAUACAUAUAUAUUAUAUGUGGUAUAUCAUAUGCGAAUUUAUUAUAACAUAUAUUGUGCCAAUUAUUCUUACAACCCAUAAGUAUAAAUAAUAAGUAAAUUAUCUAAAAUUUAAUCAAAAUAACUAUACGUGAUAUUCAGUUUUAAACCUAUUUUGAAUACAAUACUAUUAUUAGCUCAUAUCAAAUCAAUAAUUUACUCAAUUAUAAUCAUUUGACUGCUAUGUAUAUGCAAAAACAAUAGUUGAUAGAUGAUUAAAUAACGUGAACAUUUUUUUUCCUAUUGCAAAAGUAUACCCUUGAUCGAUGAUUAAAAUAUAUGGUGCAAAAUUUUGAAAUUUACUUUCAAAAUAAUCAAAAAUAAGUUUACAUUUGAAUUCACUAAUUCCUAUUGAAACUUGGGCUUAUUUGUCCAAUAACCAAAUUCAUAAUAGAAAUUAAGUGAUGAUACUGACGUUGACAUAAUAAAGAAACUAUCAUUUAUGCUAUAAUUUAUCCGGUUAUACCCUCUUUAAUUACAAGUGACCGGUGAAAAAAAAGAAAAAGAUAUGGUCGACGUUUUAAGGUGUGGACACCUUAAUAGAUAACUGUUCAAAAUCAGAAAUAUAGAAGACAUCCACGUAACUUGUGUUUAUUACCACAUACAAUUUUAAAUUGGAUUAGUGAUGUAGUUCCAUGAAAUAAAUUAAUGAAUUAAUUGUGUAGAAACUGAAAUGAAUUUAGUGCAUAAUGAAAAAUAAAAGGAUAAUUUUUUUCAUAUGAAAAACAGUAUAUGACUCUAAUCCACCACACAACUCUUAAAUGUUAAACUCAUACAUAACUUUUGAAUACUAAACUUUAAACUGUUAUCACUAAAUCCAAACUUCAAUCCCCACCUUCCAAAUACUAAACCAUAAAUGCUAAUCACUAAACUCUAAAUCCUAAUCACUAAAUACUAAACUUAAAUGUAGACCCUAAACCCAAGUAAAGAUCCUAAACCCAGAUAGAAUUGAACAAAAGAUAUAGUAUAGUACAUAAUGGUGAACAAAAUAGAACAAUCUUUAUUAAUCGUCAAAUGGAAUGAUACAUGAAAGGGUCACUAAACCCAAAUCUCAACCCCACCUUCCAAAUACUAAACUCUAAAUCUUAAUCACUAAACCCUAAAUGAAUAAACUAACAUUUAGGCUUCAUAUUAUCCGGUUAUACCUUCCACAUAUGCAAGUUGUUGAUACAAAAGAAGAAAGAAAUGACCCAAAGAAAGAAGAAAGACACACCACUGAUUAAUAAGGCUAAACCCUAAUUUAAGAAGCAUUAACCCAAAUAAAAUGUAUAUAAUAUGGUUUACUAAACUCAAACCUCUACUUACUAAAUAUAAACCCUAUGCAUGAAUCUAUAACCCAAAUACAAUCUAUAAAUAAUUUCCUAAUGUUAGAUACUUGAAGGCACAUUCACUUGGUUAGCAUGUUACAUAUCUUCUAUUCCAUAUAGUUUAAGUAGUAUAAUACACGAAUGUUUUAAAUAAUCAAAAAAUUUCAGUGGUGUAUCUAUAGUAUGGAAUGCAAAUAGUAAACUCUUCCCACCCACAAAAAUACAACAAUACAAGACACACCAUUAAUUAUUAAAGUCAAACCCUAAUUAAGGAAGCAUAAACCCAAAUAGUAUAUAUAUAAUAUGGUUUACUAUACACAAACCUCUAUUUAGUAAAUCUAAACCCUAGGCAGGAACCUAUAAACUCAAGUACAAUCUAUAAAUUUGUUUUCCAAUAUUGGACACUUGAAAGCGCAUUUUGAAUAUUAAACCAUAAACUGCUAUCACUAAACCCAAACUUUAACCCCACAACUUCCAAAUAUUAAACUCUAAUCACUAAACCCUAAACCCAAGUAUAGACACUAAACCCAAAUAGAAUGGAAAAAAAUAAAUAUAUAGUACAUAUUGGUGAACAAAAUAGAACACUCUUUAUUAAUUGUCAAAUGAAACGAUACAUAUUCACUAACCCAAAUCCCAACCCCAAUCUUCUAAAUACUAAACCCUAAAUCUUAAUCACUAAACCCUAAACCCAAGUAUAAACCCUAAACCCUAAACUGUAAACUCAAAUCUCAAAAUCUAAUACUGACCUCAAACUUACCCCUAUUACUCUAAAUACUAAAUCCUAAUCACAAAUUACUAAACCCUAAACUCAAAUAUAAACUCUAAAUCCAAAUAUCAAAAUCUAAAAUAAUACAUAAUAUUAUGUGAUAUUAAUUUAUACUAUAUUAAUAUUAUUUAUAGUGUAGAAAUGUAGUAUACACUAAUAUAAGAGUUUAUUUGUCAUCUAUCCAAAAUUGGUUUUAAUCAUUACAGUUAAACCAAUAUAGUAUGAAUUUCAUAUUACAAUCAUUACACAAAAUGAUAGAAGAAAACUAUCAAAUUUGUAAAUAUGAAGAUGAUUACAUAUCAAAUUUGUAAAUAUGAAGAUGAUUACAUUUUCAAGGAAGAGUAUAGAUAUAUAUCCCAAAUAGUAUAGUAAUUUUACAUAAAUAACUAUACUAAAGAAUAUAUACUAUACUAUUCUUUUCCCUAAUAUAGUAUAGACGAGAAGUUCAUUUUCUUAAAUUCUUCUUUUGUCAAACAUGCUAAUACACCUUCACUUCGUUCGCUGUCGUUAUUCUUCACUACCAUAUAGAUAUCACCUUAUCUCUUCUCCUUUUUUCCGACACGGCGACGUUUUUACCGGUCCGCCAUCGUUAUUCUUCACCAUUAGAUCACUAAAACAAAAAAGAAAUGAAAACAAAGUAUGAAAACAAAAGCAUGAUGUGAGAAUCAAUGAUUUAAGAAAAGGAGGAAAAGAAAUGAAAGAGUUGUUAUGUCUGCUCACCGUAUACGCCUUCAUCUUUGUUCUUUGUUCUUUGUUCUUCUCAUGAGAAGAAAUUUAGUUCAAGAAGAUGUGUGCAUAAUAAAAGCCACGUUCAUCUUCAUCUUCCUGAAAGCUAUCUAAUUAUCUUGAGAAGUGAGAGUGAAUACAACGUGGCCACAUAUUUUACUUAUUACGGAAUCAAAUGAUUACGAGAUAGACAAUUAUUUAUUUAAUUAUUUUUGGUAGUAGGCUUCACCUAUUGAAUAUAGGGGCAAUAUUACAAUAAUGUAUAUUAUGUACAUGGUAUAUUGAAAAAACAAGGCUUUUAGAUAGUGGAUAAAUUAUAAUUUGUUUGAUGGAUGUAGGAUGCAAUUUCCCUUUAAACUUACUUUUAAAACAAAACUAACUUCAACAUAAUACAAGCAAUAAAUUUGAUUUAGAUAUUUAUUUACUAUAAAACGAGAAUAUCAUGUUCGUAGAUGUUAUAAUAAUAGUUAAACGUUAAUUAUACUAAUUAAUACAGUCCCUUAGAAUAGGGUUUGAAGUUUUGUAUUCGACAAUUCAUAUUUUGCUUAGGAAACAAAGA